UUUUAAUGACAGUAAUGAGGGCCUCUGAGCCCAAGUGAGAGCCAGAUUUUUGCUAUCCAAGAGGUUAGAAGCAAGGUGAUCUGUUUUGUCCAACAGCUCUUGAAGCCAAAACUCGAACGAUGUGGAUUUUCGGUGAAUUGGAUAUUCGAAAGGGAAUUCAAGCUAAUAUUGCGAGAUCUGACAAACUAAAACUUGAAAGUUCCGUGUUCUAGAUUGAUCGCUCAGGCCUCCUGCAUGGAAGCCAAGAGUAAUGUGGUCAUUACACGUUAAUCAUGCAUGGUGAUGGAGGCAUUCGCUUUCAUGUCUAUUUUGACGGGACAAACACGAAGAAGUUGUACAUUUAGCCCCUCCACCUGCACUGCUAAAUGAAACUGCACGAAGAGGGUAUGAGAACAAGGAAGGAAAGACAAAAGAGCCCAAGAAGAAGUCAUGACAACAGACUGAUCAUCCUGGGAUAUGUGUGGUGACACGUAGAUCAUAUCAGAACGGAGGAGAGAUUGUUGGAUAGUUCGUUAGCUUUGCGUUUUGUGGUGGGGGAAAUAAGGAGAAGGCAGAGAAAUAGAAAACUGCCAGCAUUUGGAUUGGAUUGGAGCAGCAGAGAAAAUGAGCGAGGCCUUGUCUUUGUGAGGCUAACUCAGAGACAGAAAGGAGAGAGAGGAUAAUGAUAGUACCAGUUCAUUGCUUCAAGCCUAGUAUUCCAGCUUCUGCAGCUGCUGCUUCUGCUCUUGGACGUGCACCCUCAUUCUCAAGGCGCAUUGCUGAAAUCCGCAUCCCAAUAAAAGCCAGACAGGUAGCGACCGGCUGGCUCUUGGCCGCGGCUCUCAUAAUUUGGCCCACGGCUGCGGGCGUGGCUGAGGUGGUUCCGCAGCCAUCGGAGUCGGAUACACUGUCAAACGUGCCUCAGAUGCUGUCGGGUGAGUGCGAGUCUCCCAAGGACUGCAAGAAGCCCAGGAUACAGAGGCCCAAAUCGAGAAAGGCAGAGUCGUGCACCACUAAGUGCGUCACCACCUGCAUCCGUGGUGGCGAUGGCUCUCCCGGCGAGGGCCCCCUCAACAUUCGCAGACCUCUGGUGGUUUUCAAGCAAGGCUUUCGCAGCAGGAAAUACUGUCUGGUCGAGUGCUCGGAUAUUUGUAACUUGAUUGGAGACGAGGAUUAUGGUCCUUGACAAUGAUCUAACCACAAACUUGGUGAGACUACAGUGGAACCUCACUCAUCAUCUGUUCUUCAUACACAUUGAAUGAAAUCAGAACCAUUAUUUUCUCGUGAUUUCCAUCAUGCCAGCUAUUUGAUAGUUAGAAGAGAACGCCAUUGAAUCUUUCAUCGAGUUCUGUAUCCCCGAUUGUCAUCGAGCUUCUCUUUACAGCUCAUACUUUUGCUGCAUGCAUUCUCUUAGGUUAAUAAAAUCCUAUGUGUGGACCAUUCUUUAAAUACCAACUAUGUUGAUCAUCUCUCGGAGUUGGAUUUUUAAUAGAGGGGAACCAUGCUGACUCUGGUACUAGAGAAAGCGAUUAGUACGAUCUCUGUCUGAGUUGUGAGAUCAUCGUAGUAAUCCUAUUGAUGUUGGUGAUUGUGUUGAGGAGAAUGAUGUAUGCUUCACACUCUUCACAUGUUCUCCCUAACAUUACUAAGAAGUAAUAGGGAAGUUGAGGAUUUAAGCUUUUCUCCGUAAGCAUAAGAUUUUCUCAUACGCAUUCUAACUAAGAUUUUCUUCCGUACUAUAUGCUUUUCGAUUACAAAAAUCCAGAUGUUCCUGUGCUUGAUGUCUAAUUUUUCACUUUCCCGAUUGAAGUUUCGGGCCGGCUCCCAACCUCUGCUUGUCGGAAGGUUUGCUGGGCAAGCCGUGUAGGUUUUUCCGGCUUCCAAGCGGAAGCACCAUGGGACUUCUUUCCACACGAAACAGGUGCUCCGUGUGUACUCUCCACAGAACUUUUCCCCUUGUCCUAAGGAUACAAUUCAAACACACAGAUAUUAUCUUAAUCUCGAGGUUUGCUCAGGCAGUGUGCACACCGCUUAUUCACCGUGAUUCUGCCAGUUACUGUGUGCAACCGUGUGCUUGAGAGUAUACUUAGUCGGAAAAUUCUCGCUCUUUCUUUUCCUACUUGCUUUCUGUGGGCUACCUGAAUGGGGAAAAUACCGAAGUUUAAGGCCAAGAAUGUU